AUGGCAUUCGCUUGGUUAAUUCCAUUGUUGAACUUUCGUGUCUCGUUGCGGUCUCAUUUCCAUAGUGUGGUGUCGUCGCCUGUUCUCGCUUCAAACAUGGCAUCGACGGCAGGAGCCUCUACAGGAACUGUCGAGUUGACAGUACGUUGUGCCUUCCAGACAUCAAAGGAUAUCAGAGUGAUUUGCCCACUGCAGUGGACAAUUCGGCAAUUGAAAGAACAUCUCCAUGAAGUCUGUCCAUCUCAUCCUGCGGUAACUUCUCAGCGACUGAUUUUUUCUGGUGCAUGCCUUACAGAUGAUAUGGUUAUCAAGGAUGUCAUGGAUCAAAGAAAAGUUGUGGAUGGGCCACAGGUUCUACAUCUUGUUUGUCCACUACCACAGUCAAGUCCUCCAGAGUUAAGACAACGUCACACAGCCACUGCUACUGCACAAUCAUAUCCUCCGACUGCACCAGUGUCAGCCGAACGUAAUGCUAGCUUUUCUCCGUCGAAUACAAGUUAUCAGGAAUGGUAUCAGCAUUUUUACGGCUCAUCCAGUCCUGAGCAGAUGACCCGAUUACAGCAGUAUUCCAAUUACUAUGCAGCUUAUAUCAAUCAAUGGCAGCAAUAUCAGUUCUUCAUGAUGGGACAAAUGGGAUACAGUCCAUCCAUGUUCGCAGCAUCAACAGCUCAGCAAAUACCAGCUGCAGCUGCUCAGCCAGGUACUGCUGGGAACGGCCAGCAGGCGCCUGUAAAUAUCGUGCCCAAUCAGCCUAAUGGAAAUGUGGGAGCUGCGGAGCAAAUGCCAGCAGAAGCUAAUAUUGCUCAAGCGGUCCCAGGAGGAGAACGGGGAGAUGCUUUGGAUAUCAUGUACAAGGUUUUCAGGGUUGUCCUGCUUCUUUCGGCAGUCAUGCUUUAUUCUUCACUGGAACGCUUUCUUGUCGUCGUUACGAUCGCCUUGUUCAUGUUUUUCAUCCAGUUGAGAAGGAAUUAUAAUAGACAAGCACGAAUGGCUGCCCCUCCCCAGCCAAAUGUAAAUAACAACAAUGCCGGAGAGCAAAAUCAAGAUGGCACAGAACAGGCUCCUGCACAACCUGCCGAAACGCCGUCAAAUAUACAAGUGUUCUUCGCAACAUGCUAUUCGUUUAUCACAUCAUUCUUCACUUCCCUGAUUCCUGAUCAUCCUGUACCGGUGGACUUGAAUUAGCCUUGCAUCUUUGCAAAAUGGUGUUUAUAUAGAGUGCAGAUUUUUUUGAAACUUAAUUGUAGCUUACUGUAGUGCAGAGCUUUUACGAAUACCUAAUCAUUUUUCUCGGCUUCAUUUCCACGUGCUAAUCGGUGCAAAUAGUAAAUCACGGGUUGGACUGUGUAGAAAGACGUUUUUUAAAUUAUUGUCACAUAUGUGAUGGCUUAAGCUUUCAUAAUAUAAUAUCUUGAUUUCUGAAGUACAUGUUCUGAUUGGAAGUGGAGAUGGAUGUUAAUGUGGAAAUGAAGCCAGUACCCAGUAGAAUGUCUAACCCGAUGUGAUCAUACGAAGGAUGGGCGUUAAUUGCUUUCUAUGAAACUUCGUAUUUGGUUUUUAAUUUAAUAUCUGAUCCGCAAAUCUGUCGGUUCGGGAUCACGUGAUAUGAUUUCAUCUCUGACUGGUGUCGAUUCAAUGCCUUAUCUCUUGUCAGUAUUGUAAAAAACAUGGACUUCUUUAGCAUAUUCUCUUUCCGCUAGUUCCUCUUCCAGUAAUGAUGCGUUGCACAUGAGUGAUGGAAUAAAAUGUACAGUGGCGUA